CUGUCUAGUUAUUUGUGGCGGCUGGACGGCAGAGGACGGAGUGAGCCGUAAUCGGUGUUUGAAACUUCCCACAUAACAAGGUUUUACAGGAAACAAAAUGUCCUUUUGCUCGUGGUUUAAAGAGGAAGAGUAUAGAAAUCAUUUCGAACCAGGUUUGUACGUUUGUGUAGAAUGUGAAUACGAGCUGUUCUCCAGCCAAGCCAAGUAUGAGCACCACACACCAUGGCCAGCUUUUACCAAGACUGUCCAUAAGGAUUCAGUAAGCAAGGUUCCAGAGGAGGGCCGACCAGGAGCUCUGAAGGUGUCAUGUGGAAAGUGUGGCAAUGGACUGGGACAUGAAUUCCUUAAAGACGGACCCGACGGAAAGAUGUCAAGGUUCUGAAUAUUCUCACACUCCCUCAAGUUUGUUCCUAAAACUGGGGGAGGCCAGAUCCUGAAUGGAUCAGGUGAGGCAAAUGGAAAUUCCUGAGACAGGGAGGGCACCUGCAAGUUGCCGUCCAGCACCUCUCAGAAGAAGGAAGAAUGUAGACUAGUUUAAUUUCAAUUUGACCUAAAAAGUGUUCCUGUUUGGAAUAUAUGUAUAUUAUUGUUGGAAUGAUUUGAAGUAAAUAGAUGGACUAGCAAUUUUAAGAUUGAUGUGAUUUUUAACUUGCAGAUAAUCUUGAUUAUUCUUACGUAAUGCAGAGGAAAGUGCCAAAAAGUUCCAUCUCUCAAUUGUGACGCAUGGACUUGUGACAGGAAUGACCAUUUAUUGUGACCGGUUAAAUGAAGUAAAGGAGUGAAACAUGACUGCAUGAAUUCCUUAAUGGAUGCUUAGACUGGUCCAGCUUACAUGGCCAUAACUGACACCUUUCAGGUCAGAUUCAUUUUCACAAACUUUUUAAUUAAACAACAGUCAGGAAACAAUAUUGAUAGUGUUUAAUGCCUUUUUCACAUAUAAUUGAUGUACAUUUUGGAGCUCUUUUUUUUAAUAUAUAUCUUAUUAGGCAAUAAAAAAUAAAAGAUCCUGACUGAUGAUAAUAGUUUGUGUGACUUACCAUGAAAAGUCAAACAGAACGUUGAAAUGGCAUAUAUAAUGGUAAAAGGAAAGAUACCACUAUUGGAAUGGCAGGUAGCUGGCUAUUCAGAACUGGAAUUUAUUGAGAUCUUGUAUGCUGUCAGUGUUAUGAAGCAGAAAAGGUAAACUUGACCAAAAGUCCUUUUUAGCGGAUGUUCCUUAAACAUGCAAGGUCUUUUUGAUUCCACACCCAUGUUGCUUUAAAGUAUAUUGUUAGAUUUCACUAUAAAUUAUAGACGAGAUAGAAAGGAAAUUUUGUUUUUAACUUUCAUUAAAUGUAAACAAAAAAAUUACAUAUGAAUAUCGAAAUAUACAUGGAGAUAAUCAUCAGCUUAUGUUAAGCAAAUGGACCUUAAUUUACCAUUUAUUUUAGAUGAUUAUAUGUUAGUGUGCAUAUCAACAGGAAAGGAAUGAUAGUAUAUUGAGAAAGAGAAUGAUAAUAUUUAUAGCUAUUCAGUUUUAUUUAUGCAUUUAUUUAUUACUUUAAUUCAGAGGAGAUUUUCAAUAAACUCUUCAGAAUGCAGAUAUAUAUGAAAUAUACUUUCCAGCCUAUGCUGAGCCACCACAACUGCCAAAUCCUUUCCUUUUAAUUUAUUUUAUCAGUCUUUUUUUUUCCUUCUUUCUCUUUAUGUUGAUUGUGAUGAUUUUACUAUAGACAUAAUUUACUGACAGUUCUACCUCUAGAUUGCCUUACCUCCAUCCAUUACAAAUUGUAGGUUAUAAAAUGCACAGUAUUUGUCUUGAAAUAUCUGUGCUUGCUCAAUAAAUUGGUACAUUGAUUAA